AUGGAUGGAAAGCUGGAAAUGUCCCUUGAUAAGCUCCCUGUCAAGCGCUUGGAAUCCAUUGAAGAAAAUGGCAUCGAACGCUUUCCUACUGAUAUUGGAUAUGAUGAGAAGCGAGUAUCACUCAUUCGACGAAUAGAUUUUGCUUGGGCAGUGGAGAAAGAGGAUGAGGAGAAGAAACAGAAGAAGCCGAAGAAGGGCUCCAGAGAGAGCUCAUCUACAACAACACCAUGGCCAUGGCAGAACAUGGCAGAGAACUUGCAGUUAGCUCAUCAGGAACUCUCUGUCAUUAUUGAUCUUAUCAAUACGGUGGAAGCUAAUGAUGCUGUAACUGUAGCUGGGAUGACCAGGCCGAAACCAUUACCCAAUGAGAUUCUGGCUGACCUUGCUGUAUCAACAGCAACCAAGCUACAAUGCUACCGGAACCUUGGUAAAUAUUUUAAGCAGUCCGCUAGAGCUUUGGAACAGCAAGUUGCCAGGGAAGCAAGAUUUUAUGGUGCUCUAAUCAGAUUGCAGCAGAACUGGAAAGUCAAACGUCAGCGCGUGGGAGCAAUUGCUCCUGGCAAUGAAGGCUUCAUGAUUGACCUUUUUGAUAAUUCAUUAUACGAUUCUGUUGCGGUACUCCGGCCAUCUUCUCUGUCAACAAUUCGCGUUGAUCAUGGCUCAGAUGGCAUGCUAGCCAUAAAUUUACCUUCGAAAUCUUGCCAUUCUCUUCUUUUUGGUUUUCUCAGUGGACAUUCUAAUGCUGGUCCAAUGAAAUCCAAUAAGAUUAAAAGCCAUGGCUCACUUGAGCAUCCAUCUAAAAAACCUGAGAAAGAAUCUUUAAGUGACAACGAAUGUGUGAAGGAUACUCACUCACUGCUUCGUAAGGUUCAUCAAGCGAUUUUUGAUGAACAGGUGUUUGAUAUGGUGAACUGUGGUGCAAUUAACCAAUCAUCUGGACUCAAUGUUACUGGAAUUCAAGAAAAUUAUCUACAAUUGUGUAUAGAUCCUGGAAUUUCUGUUUUUGUUUCCCUUGUGCUAUCUGAUCAGGGUGAUCAGGUAGUUGAUAGUGAAGGCCCGCAGAAGUUAGAAUCUGCAGUCUUACCUUUAGACUCAUUGGAUGGAGUGAAGUUAGCUGAAGAAAAGCACAACAGUCGUACUAAAAAGCCAUGUUUUCCUAACUGCACUAGUUGUGAAAUAUAUCUCAAACAGAUAUUUCAUGAGUAUGUAUUUGUAAAAGCAAAUGAUAGACCUUUUUCCAGUGGUACUCGCAUAUCUAGUCAACCGGCAAAUGAUGGAUCUGGUCUUCUCAGUCAUUUCUGCUUGUCUCUCUCUCAUAGAAUAUUUUCAAACAAAGUUCUUAUGGAGUUGGAAAACGUGGUUUGCAGAGUGCCAUAUCUUCAUCUGAUAUCUCACCCCACUUGGCAUUCUCGGGCAUCUGCGUGGACAAUCUUCAUGAAGAUUCCUCCGUCCAUUCUCCAUGCAAGCUCUCAAACCCGGACACCGGACUUCCAAAGCAUAAAGAAUGUUGUUAAAUCAGAGUUUCGGACUAAGGUUGUGAUAAAUGAUGAUUGCAUUAACAUUGAAGCAGAAGGUGCCCCUAAUGUUGUUGGAGUAUUUAAAGAGAGUUCUGAGGAUAUAUGUUCCUCAAACAAAUAUGACUGCAACUUGGAUGAUUUUCCUGUGAUAAUCCUGCAGCAGGUUGCAAGCCAGGUUAUUCGCUGGCUUCAUGAGGAAGCACUUGCAGUGGGAAUAAAAGCAAACCGUGACUUUUUGUGCUUAUCCUUUGAGUUGGAGCAGGGUGAAAUUCUUAACCUUGUGGCACAUGUGGACCCAGAAGAUACUCGAGGAUGCAUUUCCUGGUGGUUGAUAAUGGAAGACGGUUUUGCAGAGGAGAGGAAACUUCAUAUGGACAUUGCAGACGGUGCGUCUGAAUAUAGGAAGUUCCUGGGGUAUUUACCACUGGAUGUUCUAUACUUAACACUGAUGGAUUUGGUUAGUUUGUGUGGUGGUGGGAGCCGUUGA